UAAUCCCAGGCUUCAAUGCGAACGGGAGCAGCGCAGGCGCAGUUGUACACAACCGGUACUCGUGACCAUAAAUUUUCUUGCAGUAGAGGUGACAUUCAGUUGUACGUCAAACGGGAGAGUCGUUAUUGGAGAUCGCCAGAACAAGGAACAUAUAAAAUGUCUGACCCCAUUCGUGUUCUUGUGACUGGAGCUGCGGGCCAGAUUGCCUACUCCCUGCUUUACAACAUCGCCAAGGGAGAUGUGUUCGGCAAAGAUCAGCCCCUUGUUCUUGUUCUGCUUGACAUCACUCCAAUGCUGCCAGUCCUGGAUGGUGUGGUGAUGGAACUGCAGGACUGCGCUCUCCCACUUCUCAGAGAGGUCAUUCCAACCGACAAGGAGGAGGUAGCUUUCAAGGACCUUGAUGCAGCAAUUCUGGUUGGCUCCAUGCCAAGGAAGGAAGGCAUGGAGAGGAAGGACUUGCUGAAAGCCAAUGUGAAGAUUUUUAAGUCCCAGGGUGCUGCUCUGGACAAGUAUGCAAAGAAGACUGUCAAGGUCCUGGUUGUAGGAAACCCAGCCAACACCAACUGCUUGAUUGCUUCUAAGUCCGCACCCUCAAUUCCUAAAGAGAACUUCUCCUGCCUGACCCGACUGGACCACAACAGGGCAAGAUCACAGGUGGCGAUACGAGUGGGGGUUCCAGCAGACAAUGUUAAGGAUGUGAUUAUCUGGGGCAACCAUUCCUCCACCCAGUACCCUGAUGUCCACCAUGCCAAGGUCAAAGUGCAGGACAAGGAGGUUGGCGCCUAUGAAGCUGUGAAGGAUGACAGUUGGCUCAAGGGAGACUUCAUCAGUACUGUGCAGCAGCGCGGAGCUGCAGUCAUCAAGGCUCGUAAGCUGUCCAGCGCAAUGUCUGCUGCCAAGGCUAUCUCUGACCACAUGAGAGACAUCUGGUUCGGUACUCCUGAGGGUGAAUUCAUCUCUAUGGGCGUUAUCUCUGAUGGAAACUCCUAUGAGAUUCCCAGUGAUCUGAUCUACUCAUUCCCUGUUGUAAUCAAGAAUAAAACCUGGAAGAUUGUUGAUGGCCUAGAGAUCAAUGACUUUUCUCGUGGGAAAAUGGAUGCCACUGCCAAGGAGCUUGUUGAGGAGAGAGAUGCUGCACUGGAGUUCAUUGCUUGACUAGACCAUGAUGACCAAGAAACAGUACAGCGCUUAAAAGCAGAGAAACUUCCAUGCCGUCUCUAAAUCCAGAUGUGUUUUAUAUAUGUCAUAUGCGACACCUCAAAGGUUUUGUUCGGAACCACAUGGAAUGUAAUUUAUGAAGCACCUUUUUGAUUCUUGUUGUAACGGUUAUAUAAAGUACAAUAAAACCACAAACCAUAA